UACGAUCAGUCGGUAGGACUCUCAGUCAAAGCAAUAAUGAAAAUCUUCGUGGCUAUUUUGGCUUUUGUGGCCGUUGCCAGUGCGGCUUCCGUGGGCCAGCCCAUUGAAUCCCAGUCGAUCUCCAGCACGAUUGUGGAUCUGAUCGAGGGCAUUAAGGAGCAGAUGCCCUGUGGCUUUACCAGUGUCGGCCUUCCGCCAUUGGCUCCUCUUAGGAUUGACCAUCAGGAUAUCAACAUCGAUAGCAGUGUGCUGAAGGCUCAGGGAACCAUUGAUCACUUCCGUCUCAACGGUCUGAAUGAGUUCGACAUCGAUGAGAUGAAGGUCAACGCCAUCACCAGCAAGGUGACCUACAAGUUCACUUUCCGCGACGUGAACGUGGACACCCAAUACGAUUUGAGUGUGCUGCUCAAGAAGUACGGAUUCACUAUCAAUCUGGUCGGUGCCGGACAUGCCAAAUUCGCCAUCAAGGAUAUGGUUAUCUGGGGCACUCUGAAGUACUCCCUCGGUGUGGUCAGCGGAAACCUGAAGCUGAAGUCAUUGGAGGUCCGCACCCACUUGGGUGAGGUUGACUCCGAGAUCGAGGGCAUCCUGGGCGAUGGCAGCAUCAACGAGAAGAUGAAUGAGUACCUGGCCGAGGCCGUGGAGCUGGCCAUCAAUGAGAACGAAGAUCUGAUUGCCGAUACCAUCGAGAGUAUUGCCCUGCCCGCCGUCAACAGCGUUCUGGACGACAUCAGCAUCGCCGAGAUCAUCUCCGGUGGUGGUGGUGAGGGUGGAGAGAAGGAAGUCUGCAUUCCCCCCGAGUUCGACUGGUAAACAAAUCAUCGGUCAUUAAACAACCGUUUAUGAAUCAAGAA